AAUGCCUUUUUUUUCUUCUCCUGGUUUAUUUAUUUAAUUGAUAAAAUCAUUUGGUAUUUUCAUGUUUUAUCUGAAACUUCUUUGAUGUAAUAACGAAACAAACCUGCUUUUCAGUAUCCAUGUCUUUCUGCAUCUCACAUGGGUUUGAAGUCAUAUUUGUAUUGGUACAUACACUAGAUUGAUGUCGGUUCUGAAUUUGAUCCAACUCUCAGUUGAUCAUAUUUUGUCAUAGCCAAGCAAAUUUUAGCCUGCAAGCCAUUGGUGUAAACUUUAAUUCAAAAUUUUUCUCUACUUUUGUUCUUGUUGGAGAUUUUGUGGAUGUGAGUAUUCAAGUUGGAUUCACCAGUUUCUUGAAACAGUGGUUUGAUAUGAUUAUAAGUACAGUGUCAUAGUCAUCCUUUUCUCUAGCCCCAUUUAUUACUCCUUGUUAUCUUUUGCUUUUUCCAUUGUUUCUCACUGAAAAAUGCACUUUGCUUACCUUUUCUCUCAUCUUCCUUACCUUUUGUCACCGAGUUUGCAGGUCUCCCUGUCCUGCAACUAGCUAGGGUUUCCUCUUUAAAAACUCUCUCACUCUCACAUUCAAUUACAAAAACCCAAGUAAUUUUUCAUCUUUCUAUGGCUGCAUAGUCUUUUUCACUGGGACAAAAACCAAUUAUCAAAAGCACAGAGAGAUCUUGAAAGAGCCUACUCAAGGGGAAAAGAGAUGACAUGUUCUGACAGUAGUAUUUAAAUUCAAGGAAAGCUGCUUGGCUGGUCAGAAAAGGCAAAAGUUGUUUGAAAAGGAAGAUGGAAUCGAGUGUUUUCCUUAAGCAAUUUCUCAUGAAAUCUUUUUGGUCCUUAACCUAGUUGUUUCUCCGAGAAGUCUUGAUAGAUUGAAUUCAGAACAAAGGCGAUUUUUUCCAGUUUAACAAAGUCAAUCAACUUCCAUCUUACUGAAGAAAAUAAAAGAUAUACUUUUACUUUAUCAACCAUAUAACCUCACAUUUGAACGGAAUUUUAUUAAAGAAAAAAAAAUUAUGGUUGACAAAUUAUGAUGUCUGAUGCAUGCAAUUUUUUGGUGCAGAGAAGAUGGCUUCUUCCAGCUAUUCCAAUUCUCCCUGUGCUGCCUGCAAGUUCUUGAGGAGAAAAUGCAUGCCAGAUUGUAUUUAUGCACCAUAUUUUCCACCUGAAGAGCCACAAAAAUUUGCCAAUGUUCACAAAAUAUUUGGUGCAAGCAAUGUUAGCAAACUGCUUAAUGAGAUUCCACCUCAUCAAAGGGAAGAUGCAGUGAACUCCCUUGCUUAUGAAGCUGAGGCAAGGAUGAAAGAUCCUGUUUAUGGCUGUGUUGGAGCCAUUUCAGUCCUCCAAAGACAGGUGAUGAGACUCCAAAGGGAAUUGGAUGCUACCAAUGCUGAUUUAAUCCGCUAUGCCCGCAAUGAAAUGCCAGAAACAGCAGCAAUAUCCCAGUAUGGAAGAAGAACAGCAGCUGGUCAUGGUAGUACCGGAGGAAGCAAUUUUCUUAAUCAAAAUUCUGGGUUUUACUAUCCCUCUCAGUGGAAUAACAAUGACCCUGGUGGAGACAAUGAGAGAUCAGGAAGUGGAAGCAUGUGAUGUGAGGUUGCACCAUAUAAUUAAAUAAUCAAUAAGCAAAAAUCAAUGUAGCCUGUACUUUCAUUUUCUAUGUGCUAAAUUAUUAGGUGGGAAGUCCCAGUUGGCUAGCUCUAGGGUUUUCUAGUUAUGAAAUUCCUGGUAAGGGACUAUGUGUCAUAUCAUGGUAUUUUUAUGAUAUGCCAUUAUCCUGAUGAAAUGUUAGUUUUUUUUUUUUUUUUUUUGUAUUGAGUUA